AUGAUUUCCAAGUUGCGGAUGCACAUGAGCUGGAAGCAUGAUGACGUUCAGUUGUCAUGGACUAACCCAGCCGGAGAGCACGUGACCGUGCCGGUCACGAUUGUGAAUGAUGUUCCCCUUGUCCCCCGUGAGGUGGGCGAAGCUUUAAUGGAGGCUUUAGCAGAGGUCGAGCAGAGCCAGGGAUGUUUAGUCGCCGCACUCACCGCCGACGAACAGGAGGAGCUCUACGACUGCCUGGUUGCCGCGCUCGGCGGCGACGAGGAAGAUGAGGAGAUGAACAACAUGUACGCCAGGCUACAAGCACUCAUUGACGCGCACCCACCAGCAGUUUCGAGGACGUCCAGCUCUUCAGGCAGGGCCCCGGCGCAGGCAGGAGACGAGGGCACGUUUGAGAAUAAUAUGCAUGUGGACGAUUUGCAGGAGGUAAACUUGCAAGAGGCGAUCAGGAGGAGUCUUUGCGAUGAACCGCAGACUCCACAGCAGACCCAGGGCCCCGAGGCUAACCGAGAGGAGGUGAUCAGCAGUGCCGAGCCCCUCGCCCUGGCGGACCAGGAGGUCUUUGUCAAGGAUUUCCGCGAGCAGGUGAUGCAGCGUGCUGCAGCCGGACAGGACAUCGCUGUGAACGACGAGGUCAGAAGAUGCCUAGAUUUAGUGAUGUCUAGCUCAUCAUCCAAGAAGAUGACGGCGAAGCAGCAUCAUGAGAGCCAUCAUGCUCAGUAUGACAAGGAGUGUUACUCGUGUCAGGCUGGCCUGGGACGAUCGAGGCAGCACUUCCGGCAGCCAGAUCACUGUCCAGGUGAACUCAGCGGAGACUUUGCAGGCCCGUUUGCGUGCGGUGCGCUGCAUAAUAGCAGAGGCAAGAGUACCAUGAGGUACCUGGCCGUGUUUACGGCGACGUUGGAUGCAGGCAAGGAGAUCCCUCACUUGGAGACACUCAAGAUGCAGAGUGAGGAGACGAGCGCCGCCGUGCAGAUGUUGCUUGAUUUGGUGAGCGACGACGCAAAGGCUCAGGAGGACGACGAGUUCACAAGCCAUGUGCAGCAUGUGGUGGACCUCUGCGAGCGCGGUGACUACGACGC